UUCUGGACCAGCCGGUCGUCGCAGUCAGUCCGGCUCAGCUCCGGCUCGGCACCGCGGCUCUGACGGUGAGGCAGCGGUCCCAGUGUCUGUCCCACCAGCCAGGCGGGCGCGGCGCAGCCGCAGGAAGGCGUCGGAGGGUGGUACCGCAGCACGGCGGGCGCGCCGUGGGCAUGGCGGCCAUCAGGGCGCUGCAGCAGUGGUGCCGGCAGCAGUGCGAGGGCUACCGCGACGUGAACAUCUGCAACAUGACUACCUCGUUCCGCGACGGCCUUGCCUUCUGCGCCAUCCUGCACCGCCACCGGCCCGACCUCAUAAACUUCAAUGCUCUCAAGAAGGAAAACAUUUAUGAAAACAAUAAACUGGCCUUCCGUGUGGCGGAGGAGCACCUGGGCAUCCCGGCCUUGCUGGAUGCCGAGGACAUGGUGGCCCUGAAGGUGCCCGACCGGCUGAGCAUCCUGACCUACGUGUCCCAGUACUACAACUACUUCCACGGCCGCUCCCCUAUUGGGGGCAUGGCAGGCAUCAAGAGGGCCUCGGAGGACUCCGAGGAGGAGCCGUCAGGGAAGAAGACUCCAGCCCACUCGGCCAAGCUGCCCUCACCCGCCCCAGCCCGGAAGCCUCCACUGUCUCCAGCCCAGACAAACUCUGUGGUCCAGAGGAGGAAUGGGGGCACAGAGGGCCCGCCCUCCAAGACUGGCCAGGCAUCAGUCAGCAGCACCUGUGGGGUCUGCGGCAAGCACGUGCACCUGGUGCAGCGGCACCUGGCGGACGGGAGGCUCUACCAUCGCAGCUGCUUCAGGUGCAAGCAGUGUUCCUGCACGCUGCACUCAGGGGCCUAUAGGGCUACAGGAGAACUGGGCGCCUUUGUCUGCACCAGCCACCACCCUGAGGCUGCCUCUGCAAGCCCCAAGUUGCCAGGUCUGGCCCCCAGACGGCCAGGGGUCAUGCCUGUAGAUUCCAGAACCCCCUGUUCCCUGCAGAAGGCCCAGGAGGCAAACACGCCCAAGGCCGCACCACCAGCCCGGGAGCCUGCUGUGCAGAACCCGCCUCCCAGGGCUUCUGUUCCGGCUGCACCCAACCCUUUAGCCGUCAGCGCCGCGCCUGUCCACAUGAGGAGCCUGGCCAGGCCCUCUGAGAGCCACCUGGCCCCCAUGCCCACGGAGGGCAAAGUCCACACUCGUGUGACCAACAGCUCCCCGAUGGGCUGGUCAUCAGCUGCCCAGCGCACAGCCAUGGCCACCUCCCAUCCCGCUGUGCCCCCAAGUGCCCCAGACCCUCACCCGGCCACACCUCAGGGUGGAGAAACCCCCCGAGUGGCAGCCUCUCAAACCACGCUUGGUUCAAGCUCCAUGUCUGCAGCACCGGUGGACCCCCCAGCCUGGACCCUGUCGGCCUCGAGGACCCAGCAGGCCCGGAAUAAGUUCUUCCAGACACCAGCAGUGACCCCCCCCACCGGCCUUGCUGGCAGGGGUCCCGCUCCAUCGUCGCUUGCUCCAUCCAGGGACAGCAGCAAGGAGCAGGCGCGGAGCUUUCUCAGGAAGGCACUGGAAGAGGCUGGUGCUCCAGCGUCUGGCAGGUCCUCCCCAGCCACCGCCCCUGCUCCCAGUUCUCAGCCUAAAAUUGAAGCGCCGCAAGCAAGUCCCUUAGCCAAGCUGUCACAGUCCGCAUCUCCCCAACCCCUUGGCCCCACUUCGAGGUUGGAACCGCCAGCCCCCCUGAGCAUGGGAAGCUCCGCUCGGGCGCCUGCAUUGCCCUUAGCAGGCAGGAGGAGCUUGGCUGAAUCCUCGGGGGUCAGCAGGGUGGGUUCUGGCUCCAGGCUGAAGCCAGAGGCCCCGAUGGCAAAGGACCUGAGCACCAGCCGCCAGGAAGGCAAGGAGGAUGGGCCGGCAGGGUGGAGAGCGAACCUGAAGCCCGUGGAAGGGAGAAACCGAGCUGAGAGGACUCUGAAGCCCAAGGAGCCACACGCCCUGGCAGAGCCGAGGGCAGGGGAGGCCCCCAGGAAGGUCUCCGGCAGCUUCAUGGGGAGCAUGCACAUCACCCUGACCCCCGUGAGGCCUGACAGGACGCCGAGCCCAGCCAGCCCAGGACCCAGCCUCCUAGCCAGGUCCCCCUCCCCACCCCACCGCAGGAAACUGGCCAUCCCCGCCAGCCUCGACAUUUCUGACAACUGGCUCCAUUCGGAGCCGCCUGGACAGGAAGCCCCUGUGCAGAGCUGGAAGGAGGAAGAGAAGAAACCCCAUCCUCAGGGCAAACCAGGGAGACCUUUGUGCUCGGUCAAUGUUCUUGCUCCGCCUGGUGAAACGGUGACCUCCCCCGUCAGGCUGCACCCUGACUACCUCCCCCCGGAGGAGAUCCAGAGGCAGCUGCAGGACAUUGAGAGGCAGCUGGACACCCUGGAGCUCCGUGGUGUGGAGCUGGAGAAGCGGCUGCGGGCGGCCGAGGGAGAUGACACUGAGGACAGCCUCAUGGUGGACUGGUUCUGGCUCAUUCACAAGAAGCAGCUUCUGCUGAGACAGGAGUCAGAGCUGAUGUACAAGUCCAAGGCGCAGCGUCUGGAGGAGCAGCAGCAGGACAUUGAGGGGGAGCUGCGCCGGCUCAUGGCCAAGCCUGAGGCUCUGAAGUCACCGCAGGAGCGGAGGCGGGAGCAGGAGCUGCUGGAGCAGUAUGUGAGCACCGUGAAUGACCGCAGUGACAUCGUGGACUCGCUGGAUGAGGACCGGCUCCGGGAACAAGAGGAGGACCAGAUGCUGCGGGACAUGAUUGAGAAGCUGGACCUCCAGAGGAAGAAGUCCAAGUUCCGCUUGUCCAAGAUCUGGUCACCAAAAAGCAAAAGCAGCAAAAGCAGCACUUCCCAGUGAGUGGCCCGUGGGGCUGUGGGCUGGCCCGGACCCAGCACUGGGACACGGACUCAGGAAGGGGCCUCCUGUCCCCGCAAGGGGCACGUGGACAGCAGGGACCUGCGCUACGGUCUGUGGCCUCAAUAAAGAAACUGACCACAUGG